AAACUUGUUGCAACAAACAGGCGACCGCGGGUGCCCCUAGCAGCCAGCGGCGGAGUGGGUGGGCGGGCGAGAGGGAGGGGAAGGCUGGCGGACGCCGCAGCGAACUGGUGGGCAGACCCGGAGUCGCCGCGUAAGCGGGGCCGGCUCAGUGCGGUGCGGCAGGCGCGGCUGUGCGGCAGCGGAAGUCCUUUGUUGCAGCACAGUCCCUGACAGAGCCAGAACCUCUCCGCGCAGCCCAGCCCGUGCGCCGCGCGUCGCCUCCACUGCAGUUCGCGGCCCCGUCGCCUCCGCCCGCCUUUCCCGUGUCCGAUUUGCCUUAAACUCCCUAAAAUCUCCGCAACCCUGGUUCCUGCUGCGGCCGGUCUCUAAUUAAUAGAAGAUGGCAAAGCCCAGCCACAGCAGCUACGUCCUUCAGCAGCUAAACAACCAAAGGGAAUGGGGUUUUCUCUGUGACUGUUGUAUUGCAAUUGAUGACAUUUACUUUCAAGCACACAAAGCAGUUCUAGCUGCUUGUAGCUCCUAUUUUAGAAUGUUUUUCAUGAACCAUCAGCAUAGUACUGCACAACUGAAUCUCAGCAACAUGAAAAUCAGUGCCGAGUGUUUUGAUCUCAUUUUGCAGUUUAUGUAUUUGGGAAAAAUUAUGACAGCUCCCUCCAGUUUUGAGCAGUUUAAAGUGGCAAUGAACUACCUGCAGCUGUACAAUGUUCCCGACUGCUUAGAAGAUAUACAGGAUGCAGAUUGUUCUAGUUCAAAAUGUUCCUCUUCUGCUUCUAGCAAACACAACAGCAAAAUGAUAUUCGGAGUAAGAAUGUAUGAAGACACUGUGGCUAGAAAUGGCAGUGAAGCCAAUAGGUGGUGUGCAGAGCCAAGUUCAACAGUAAAUACACCACAUAAUAGAGAGCCUGAUGAAGAGUCCUUACAAUUAGGUAAUUUUCCUGAACCACUAUUUGAUGUAUGUAAAAAAAGUUCUGUGUCCAAAUUAUCUACUCCAAAAGAACGUGUGUCACGCCGCUUUGGACGGAGUUUUACCUGUGACAGUUGUGGAUUUGGCUUUAGCUGUGAGAAAUUACUAGAUGAGCAUGUGCUAACCUGUACUAACAGACAUUCAUACCAAAACACGAGAGCCUACCACAGAAUAGUAGAUGUUAGAGAUGGAAAAGAAAGUAAUAUCAAAGCUGAAUUUGGUGAAAAGGAUUCUUCUAAAACAUUUUCUGCACAGACAGACAAAUACAGAGGAGACCCAAGCCAGGCUGCUGACGAUUCGACUUCAACCACUGGAAGCAGAAAGAGUAGCACAGUGGAGUCUGAACUAGCCGGCGAAGAGAAAAGCAGAGCUGCUGAGAGGAAGAGAAUCAUCAUCAAGAUGGAGCCAGAAGAUAUCCCUACAGAUGAACUGAAAGACUUUAACAUUAUUAAAGUUACUGAUAAAGAUUGUAAUGAAUCCACUGACAACGAUGAAUUAGAAGAUGAACCUGAAGAGCCAUUUUAUAGAUAUUAUGUUGAAGAAGAUGUCAGUAUUAAAAAAAGUGGUAGGAAAACUCUAAAACCUCGGAUGUCAAUAAAUGCUGAUGAAAGAGGUGGUUUAGAAAAUAUGAGGCCCCCCAACAACGGCAGUCCAGUGCAAGAGGACACUGAAAAUGCAUCUUGUGAGCUAUGUGGACUCACAAUAACUGAGGAGGACCUGUCAUCACAUUACUUAGCCAAACACAUUGAAAAUAUCUGUGCAUGUGGUAAAUGUGGACAAAUACUUGUUAAGGGUAGACAACUUCAGGAUCAUGCUCAAAGAUGUGGAGAACCCCAAGAUCUGACAAUGAAUGGGUUAGGAAAUACUGAGGAGAAAAUGGACAUGGAAGAGAAUCCAGAUGAGCAGUCUGAAAUCAGAGAUAUGUUUGUUGAGAUGUUGGAUGAUUUUAGGGACAAUCAUUUCCAGAUAAAUAGUAUCCAAAAAAAGCAGUUAUUUAAACAUUCUGCCUGUCCUUUUCGGUGUCCUAAUUGUGGCCAACGUUUUGAAACUGAAAAUCUAGUGGUUGAACAUAUGUCGAGCUGCCUAGACCAAGAUAUGUUUAAGAGUGCCAUCCUGGAAGAAAAUGAAAGAGAUCACAGGCGAAAGCAUUUUUGUAAUCUGUGUGGGAAAGGAUUUUAUCAGCGGUGUCACCUAAGAGAACACUAUACUGUUCAUACUAAGGAAAAACAGUUUGUUUGUCAGACGUGUGGAAAGCAGUUUUUAAGAGAACGUCAAUUGCGACUACACAAUGACAUGCACAAAGGCAUGGCCAGGUAUGUCUGUUCCAUUUGUGAUCAAGGAAACUUCCGAAAACAUGACCAUGUACGGCAUAUGAUUUCUCAUUUAUCUGCUGGUGAGACUAUAUGCCAGGUCUGCUUUCAGAUAUUCCCAAAUAAUGAACAGUUGGAACAGCACAUGGAUGUUCACCUGUAUACAUGUGGAAUAUGUGGAGCAAAAUUUAAUUUGAGGAAAGAUAUGAGAUCACAUUAUAAUGCCAAGCAUUUGAAAAGAACAUAAGUGAUUUUCUACUGUGCUAAUGUUUAGUUGAUAGUAGACAAAACACCAAAGCAAAGGAUAUGAGCUAUUUAGAAAUUGAUUUUCUAAGAUGAAUUGUUGGAAAAAAGUUUCAAGACCCUUUUACCUUAAAUAUUUUUGUUUAGGAUUUUAAGUAUCUAUGGUUUAGGUGUUAUUAAAUGUUUUAUCAUUUUUGUUUUUUUUAAUAGAAUUCUUUGUUUUUAGUUUGUUUUAGAUACGGUUAAAGUUACUUUUAAAUGUAGACUAUAAGUGGUUUUUUCCCUUCAAUGACUAUUAAACUUUAGAUUUUUUUAACAAUAAGGUGAUGACUUCACUAUUUCUAUGUGUUGUUUUUUUUAAGGUUAUCCUGUGAAAUUUUAAAUCCAACAUCAUUGGCCAGUCCUGUUUAAAUUUUUAAAAAACGAUUGUUUUUGAGUAAUUAGUUAUUUGAAACGAUCCCUUUAACUUUUAGCUUUUAUUUUUGUAAGUUGAACGGUGAUUUAGCCACUGUUUAUUCCCCCUUCUUACCAGUGAAAUUCAUAUUCUUAUUAGGCAGGUUAGGUGCACUGAAUCUAACCUUGAAAGUUGACAUGGGCUCAAACUUGGCCUAAAAAGAUUGGUGGAACUAAAGAAAUUCCUAUAAAUUAAUAUUUUCCUAUAAUUGAUAAAAUGUUAUCAUUUAAUAAUCACAUUUAAAACUUAUAUUAAGUAUAAAACCCAAUGACUUUACCUCACCUGAGAAAUUAGCGGGGACAAGUCAUUUUGUUUUGUGAUAUUAAAUUUAACUAUGAUAGUUAAUUAAAAAGACGUAUCUUGUAUUCCUUUAAAAUAAUUUAAAAUAUUCUGAUUCUAAAGUGUGUUAAUCAAUUAUUUUUGUUUAUAAAUAGACUUUAAUAGUUCUCUAAGAAUAUGACAACUAAAGAAAAAUGAUUUUUCUUUCACCUUUAAAAUUACAUACUUUUGGAACUUUGAGAUUUGAGAAAGCUGACAUGUAUAUUGAUAAAGCUAAUAAAAUAAAGAAAUCAAUUACAAAUCUGGUUGUUCUAUAAAAGUAGAGUGUGCAAAAAAAAUGUCUUGUGUUUUAUACUAUCUAAGAUUGGAGAAAAUGUGUUGUGGCAAAUUGCAGUUUAUCACCAUGCUUUAUUAUUAUUUUUUCUGUAAAGGACUACAAAAUUUGAGGACUAUAAAAUAAUCACAGAGCAUAUAAAUGAAAAUAGUUUAUCACUUUUUAGUUAUAGUACUAGUAUUGUUAAUUGUUGCUGAAAUAGGGUCUACACGAAUUACAUGUGAAUUAAAACACUUGCAAAACUGACCCACUAAUAAACACAACUAUUGAAUAGAAUGCCUUUUAAUGUGAAUUACUUGCAUUGUAAUACCCUUCUCAUAAUGAAAGGGAUAUUAAAUAACUCCUAUAUUUAAAAGUAUAAUUUUGUGAUUAUGAACAGUAAUUUAACAGCAUUGCUUUUUUUCAUCAGAUUUUUGAGAUACACAAGUCAUAUUUUUGUAUACAACUUGCAUAAAAGAACAAGUUGCCAAGAGAAUUGAGAGAUCUAUUGAGUAGCACAGAUUUACUUGAAAGUAUUACAGUACAGUGUGAGCUCAGAGAUUUGUGGGAAGAUAUUGAAGUGUUAAGAAUAGGAAUGGUAUAGGAGCCAUGCAGUAUUAAAAUAAUGGGAAGUAAAGAUGGGGGAAAUACACAAAAAGAUAAACAAGAAAUGAGGAAUUUUUUUAAAAAGCCACAUAAUAGGAAAAGUGAUUCAUCUUAGUCCUAGAUACAAUAGUUUAAGUAAAUAAUUAAAUCUGAAAUGCAACUUAAAAUGAAAUAUGGUAUAUGCAUUACUGGCAGGACCCUAAGAAAAGUUCUCUAACCCAGAGACCAUCAGAGAAUAGUAUAUAGAGAGAAGAUAAACAAAAUUUCCAAACUAUUUCUAUAGUAUCUUAAUAAACAACAUUUUCUUUGGGACCACUGUUUUACUUGACCCUCAUCAAAAUAUCUUGCAUUGGCUUUCCCACCAUUAAAGAGCAGGGUUCUUUCUACGGUAAAUAUUACCAGUACUACUAAUCCAUGUCCUAAUGGAUUGUCUAUUCCAUUAGGAAAAGGGGGUUUAACUUAGUGUUUUGACAUGUAUUAACAGCCAACAAUUAGCAAGCAAAUAUGAAAACAUUAAACAUAAUCUCUAAUUUUACAUAACUGAGAAUGUUCAGUUUCACCAAGCCACACCUCAACAAUGUUUUCUCCCAGUUUCAUGUUACACAGGACACACCUUGUGUUCUGGAACCGGCUACAGGGCAGCACAGCCUUCUUUAUAAUGUAGUUUUCCUUGUUAAGGCAGAGUUCAUGUAAAAACUACUUGCCUUUUAAAAGUAGGAGGAAUGAAAAUACUCAACACCUCUCUCCAACCUAGUUUCCUCUCAUUUUUUCCCUUUCCUGGGGUGGAACAGCAGAGCUGACUCCUUACUAUUAUUGCUUCUUGCCCUCCAGUGCUGUGAAGACAGUGAAUCAAGGCUGUGGAAGCUGCGUGCUCCCCCUGCCUUUAUAAUUUGAGUGAUUGGUCUUCAAAUCUAAAAAUGAAAGGAAAAUCUAGAUAAUGUGGGAUCUUGUUUUCUCUUUCUGUCUGACAAACACUGUCUUGCUUAAAAGGCCUUUUGUUCUCUAGCAAGAAAUUCUGGAGGAAUGGAGUCAGCGCCUAACAAAGCUUGCCACCAAUUACAGUGCAAUUCAGUUGUUUAUAAUUCUUUAAUAAACAGGACUAAGAAUGUCAGAGAUUAAUAAAGCACGACCAAGUGGCAGUGGAUUAGGACUCAGAAAUUUGUCUUAAUCUCUCCCAUAUUUUAAAAGUGAAAUAUUCAGAGAAAUGACUCACAGUAGUACAUGAAUAAUGUUUAAUGUGUAAAGUUUGAGUACAGACAAAAAUUAGAGUAAGGAUUCCAGGCACUAGUUAUAAAAUAAAGUAAGGACAGUUUGCUAAGGCAGAGCACCAAUUAAAAGGAAAAAUUAUAGACGGAUGUAAAAAAUAAUAUUUAAGUGUAGUUGAGGAAAAAAGAUGAACAAGAUAUAAAAGUUGAGUAAAAAAGAAACAUUUGAAAUUUUCUAGGUGAGAUGAAUAGAGAUUGAAGUAAUUUGAUAGGUUAAAAUAAUUUGAUGAUUACAGUAAUUCCAUUAGAGCUAUAGAAUGCCUAAUGAAACAAUUGUUAUGAACAUGCCAAGGAUAUGCCUAAAUACUUGAGAUAAUAUACUGACUUAUAUUCUAAAAAGUGGGAAGAGAGGCUGGUGGUGGUUGGCAACUUUCUCCCUGGCUAAAACAAUACUUGUUUAUAUCACUUGUUAAGGAAUUUCUGUAUUUAAUAGAUCUCUGGAAAAUCCCUCAAAGAACCAGUGUAACAGUUAAACAAAAACCUGUCAUUAUUGUUAACAAAAAGCUAAGUCAGUACCAACUAAAAGAACCCUGAAUGUGGAUGCACACACGUAGUUGAGAAUAAAGAAAUUGGUACUUUUUUCUUAAUUUAAAAUGGGUUUUAUGAAUUAAAAAAAUUUGUUUGCCAUUCAUCUACUUUGAUCAUUUCCUCAUCUUUCCUCACCACCCUCACCUCCUGUGUAACAGAUGCUUCUCAGUGAUAACUUAGUGCUCUGCAGACACCCUAGCAUUAGCACUGCUAGGGAUUCUAAGAUGCUGAUAAAGCUCUGUGGGAACAUAUCCUUGUGGAAUGUCUCCCAUCUCCUUAGUACCUGAGGUGCAGUAACCUGGGGUGACAGGAUGAAUGCCAGGGAGCUGAAGCAAGCAGAGUUAGCUUUGGUGUUAAGAACUUGAUGCUGCAGGCCAAAUUUGGAAACCCCAUGAUCUGUUCAUCCUAGGGCUCUUCCCUCAGUAAUGCCAGCAUCCAUUUAGUUAGCACUUUCUACUCUGCUAAAUGCUUUACACAUGUCAUUUUAAUUAAUCCUUACAGCCUUAUGAGGUAAGAAUCAUUCUCAUUUUCCAGACGGGACUGAGGUUCAGAGAGGCUGAAUAUUAUUUCCUGAGGUCACACAGAACCUAAAUACUAGAGCUGGAAUUUGAACCUAGACCUGAGUUCUACAUUCCUGUACUUAAACAUAGCUACAUAUUCCACCCACCAGAAGUAUAAUGCAAAGAAGGGCCUUUUCAGCCUAGGAACACGUGAUAAAGCUACUAUGAUGAGACUCUGCUCCUUGUUCAUCACCCGUCAUCUGCUGUGCCUGGUAAGGUAGCUGGUAAUAGUGGAUACCUAAUGAACAUGUUGAAUAAUGUGAAAAUGUAUCAGUCAAAAACAAAACUUUUUGAAUGGAUCAUUUAGAAUGAUGUUUUAGAAAUAAAGACUAAUUACUGAUAUGUUUUCAUUUUCCUUUAUUUAAACUAAAAACAUUUAGUGGUAUUGUCAGCCAUUUUGAGGGCCCAUGGUAGGUGCUCAAUUAAAAAUUUGAAUUCAAUUUCCGUAUUUCUACCUCGGAACUUUUUCCCCUCUGUUUUCCCUAUUCCCAACCUUUGUUUUAAUCUCUCCCACCAAUCACCAUUUCCUUUUACUGGUUAUCACACUGAAGAGUUAAAAAACUCAAAUCAUUUGAAAUGUUUCCAAGAAAAAUUAGGACCCAGAAUAACCAGUUUCCUCUUUUUGCCUUAACAGAUGAUGUGUACAAGAAAUUCUUCAUUUCUUUGGCUAAAAAAAACAAAACAAAACCCUAAUUACCAUAUUGUGAUUGAUUUGAUUAAAG